AUGCGUGUCUCGAACGCUGCCGCUCUUUUCUCUUUGGCCUCUUUGGCUCAGGCUGCUCCGGCCAUUCAUAACCACAAGCAUGCUCACCCACGUGAUGUCGGCUACGGUAGUGGCGUGAAGUACCAGUCUGGUAUCUUCUACGUCAACUGGGCCAUCUAUGCGCGUCAGCACUUCGUCACCGAUCUCCCAGCCGACAAGUUGACCAAAGUCAACUACGGCUUUGCCAACGUGAACAACCAGACCGGAGAAGUCUUUCUCACCGACGAGUGGGCUGACAUUCAGUACGGCUACCCAGGAGACGUUGCCACUAACGGCACUCAAUUGCUUGGCAACUUCAAUCAGCUGUUCAAGCUCAAGCAGCAGAACCGCAACCUGAAGGUCAUCCUCUCGGUCGGUGGCUGGAGCUACAGGGCCAACUUCAAGCCCGCCCUCGCCACCGAGGCGGGCCGCCAGAAGUUCUGUGACAGCGCUCUCACGCUCAUCCAGGAUCUGGGAAUCGACGGUCUUGACAUUGACUGGGAGUACCCAGAGGAUGAGACUGAUGGUGCCAACUUGGUUGACACCCUACAACGCUGCCGCAGGACGUUCGAUGAGUACGCGAUAGUUAACGCGGCGGGUUACCACUUCGACCUUGGUAUUUCUGCCCCUGCUGGUCCUUCGCGCUACACAGUCAUGCCUGUUGCCGAAAUGGACCCAUACGUUGACAACUGGAACCUGAUGGCUUUUGACUACCAGGGCCCUGGCUUCUCCAACUUCACUGGUCAUCUCAGCAACGUUUACCCCAGUUCCAAGAACCCCAGGGCUACAAAUGGCUGGGAUGUUGUCACUGAGGACUUCGUCCCCUUCAACACCAAGGAAGCCAUCGACUACUACAAGGCUAAUGUUGCUUCGCCCAGCAAGAUUCAGCUCGGUAUGCCUCUUUACGGCCGCUCUUUCGCCAACGUCGUCGACCUGAGCAAGGAACAACGUGGUUUGGGCCAGAAGUUCAACGGAUCUGGUGACGGUACCUGGGAGCCUGGUACUCUUGACUACAAGGUUCUUCCCCAGAACGGCAGCAAGGUAUACCACGACAAGGAGACUCUGGCCGCCUGGAGCUGGGACCCAGUUCGCAAGCAGAUGGUUAGCUUCGACACACCCAAGGUUGCCUCAUGGAAGACCGAUUACCUCAUGCAAGAGGGUCUCGGUGGUGCCUGGUGGUGGGAGUCAUCUGGCGAUUUUCCCGUUACUGAUGACAAGAGCAUCGUCGCCACUGUUGUUAACAAGCUUGGUGGUGAAGCAAACUUCAGGCAGAGCUGGAACAACCUUUACUACCCCAAGUCGAAGUACUACAACAUCCGCCCUGCGGUGAACUCGACUAUUACAAUCACCUUUUAG